UUCCGCUCCUCGACCAACCAGUCGCCAGGCGAUGCUGCGGGUGCGGUGUCUGCGCGGCGGGAGCCGCGGCGCCGAGGCGGUGCACUACAUCGGGUCUCGGCUUGGAAGAAACUUAACAGGAUGGGUGCAGCGAACUUUCCAGAGCACCCAGGCAGCUACAGCUUCCUCCCGGAACUCCUGUGCAGCUGACGACAAGGCCACUGACCCUCUGCCCAAGGACUGCCCUGUCUCUUCUUACAACGAAUGGGAUCCCUUAGAGGAAGUGAUAGUGGGCAGAGCAGAAAACGCCUGUGUUCCACCAUUCACUGUGGAAGUGAAGGCCAACACAUAUGAGAAGUACUGGCCUUUUUACCAGAAGCAUGGAGGCCAUUAUUUUCCCAAAGAACAUGUGAAAAAGGCUGUUGCUGAAAUUGAAGAAAUGUGCAAUAUUUUAAAAAUGGAAGGAGUGACAGUAAAGAGACCUGACCUUAUUGACUGGUCAUUGAAGUAUAAAACUCCUGAUUUUGAGUCUACGGGUUUAUAUGGUGCGAUGCCUCGAGACAUCCUGAUAGUUGUGGGAAAUGAGAUUAUCGAGGCUCCCAUGGCAUGGCGCUCACGCUUCUUUGAGUACCGUGCAUACCGAUCAGUCAUCAAAGACUACUUCCACCGUGGGGCCAAGUGGACAACAGCUCCUAAGCCCACAAUGGCUAAUGAGCUUUAUGACCAAGAUUACCCCAUUGAUUCUGUGGCAGACAGACACAAAUUGGCUGCUCAGGGAAAAUUUGUGACGACUGAAUUCGAGCCCUGCUUUGAUGCUGCUGAUUUCAUUCGAGCUGGAAGAGAUAUUUUUGCACAGCGAAGCCAGGUUACAAACUACCUGGGCAUUCAAUGGAUGCGUAGGCAUCUUGCGCCAGACUACAGAGUGCAUAUCAUCUCCUUUAAAGAUCCCAAUCCUAUGCAUAUUGAUGCUACCUUCAAUAUCAUUGGACCUGGUCUUGUGCUUUCCAACCCUGACAGACCAUGUCACCAGAUUGAUCUUUUCAAGAAAGCAGGAUGGACCAUAGUCACUCCUCCAUUACCAGUCAUCCCAGAUGAUCACCCUCUCUGGAUGUCAUCCAAAUGGCUUUCCAUGAAUGUCUUGAUGCUAGAUGAAAAGCGUGUUAUGGUGGAUGCCAACGAAGUCCCAAUUCAAAAGAUGUUCGAAAAGCUGGGUAUCAGCACAAUUAAGGUUAACAUUCGUCAUGCCAAUUCCCUGGGAGGAGGCUUCCACUGCUGGACCUGUGACAUCCGCCGCAGAGGCACCCUGCAGUCCUACUUUGACUGA